UACCUUUAUGGUGACCGCUAAUAAUAAUAAUAAUAAUAAUAAUAAUAAUAAUAGUUUAAAAAAUAUAUAUUGUCCACAGGUGUUUUUGUUUUGCGGAAAACCUUUAAUCGGUAACAAGACAAGACUUUCCGACGUGCUGAGUCCCAAACGACUCAUAAUUGGACAAAGUGGGUACUACAUAGGGUUCAUUAUUUGUUAACCUUAAGGUCGUCAGUAUACUCUCUGAGAUCAGAUGUCUCAUUAUAAAACGACUACUUCAUGUUAGACGGUGAUAUUGCGAAAGCUCUUGGUUUUAAUUAAUUAUUGAUUAACUUAUUUAUGUGAACUCUGUAACAAUUAUGCAUCUGGGGAUGUUUUUGCACUUCAAUACAUGAGGAGAUCUGGAAUAGCACUUGACCUGCCAAAGUAAGGCAUUUUGGAGAAAACAAAACCUGUUUGAAAUGCUGAAGAUAUUCUCGGGUUUUACUCAGCCUUUAUCCUUUACGUUGUAAUAGUAACAGUAAUUGCAGAGCCUGAUAUCUGCAUCAGCAUGAGUUUGUGGCUCGUGCUGCAUCUGCACAGAUGUAUCCGGCUCGUGUCCACGCGUCAGGCCCACGAGCUCGCCUCCCUGCGGCGUGUCUCCCUGCUGCCGGAGAAGAAGCGCCUGGGGCUCCUGUAUCCGUUCAGCAUUCUGGAGGCACACCUGUCACGACAGGUAGACAAGACACGAUUUCAGCUCUUCCAGCCUGACCUGGAAGCCCUUGAGUCGGCAGAGAGACUUUUCACUCCAUCUCCCAAACACCAGAUAGUCUACUCUUCAUCAGCUGUGCGCAUAGACCACAUGCCUGAACUCACCCAGCCAGAGGUGUGUUUCAUAGGCAGGAGCAAUGUUGGCAAGUCCUCUCUCAUCCGGGCCCUGUUCUCUCUCGCACCCGAAGUUGAAGUACGGGUUUCUAAAACACCAGGGCACACAAAAAAGCUGAAUUUCUUCACGGUGGGAAAAGCGUUCACUCUGGUCGACAUGCCUGGCUAUGGAUACAGAGCCCCAGAAGACUUUGUGGACAUGGUCGAGCCUUACCUUCAAGAGCGAAAAAAUCUUAUGAUGACUUUCUUGUUGGUGGAUGGAGGUGCAGGACUACAGAAAUUUGAUUUGGUUGCUGUGGAGAUGUGUGAAGAGUUUUGCAUUCCCUAUGUGCUGGUGGUGACUAAGAUAGACAAAACUCGUCAGGGGGCUCUGCUGUCCCUCCUCCUGCAGAUCCAUGAUUUUAUCGAGGAUAAAACAAACACGUGUUUCCCCCAGCCCUUUCUUGUGAGUUACUGCCAAUCAGUUGUCAUCGGUGUGAUCAUCCUUCUUCUCCAACCCAUCAUUUGCUUGACAUUUCCUACAGAUGCAAAAGUCGCUUAUGCAAUGUUGCAUUUCAGUUCAUUACCUGUAAGUAAUUCUAUGCACUACUCAGGCAUCCACCUCUUCAGGUGCUUCAUAGCACACGUAACGGGAAACCUCCAGCUGAGUUCCAAACCCACCUGAGAACCAUAUAAAGAAAUAAAAGACACAAUGACAAGAGACUGAUCUAUGCUGAUCUGAUCCAGACCUGCAAACAGCUAUGGCCUGUGUUUCAGCAGCUGGUAGCUGCUCAGACCAAGCCUGGGUCAAAGUGAAUUAUUGACUACUUGCUUUGGCAAUAUGGAAGAUUCCUGCUCUCAACUGGAUAGUGAUACAAAUUCCACAAUAAGGAUAGGUUGCAUGGCUAUCGUUCCUCAGCUGAUCUGAUCACUUCAUUAGAAAACAAAUAAAAGUCCUACUUUUUUAGCAAGACAAAAGCUAACCCUGUCAAUCUCUAAUUAUUUCUUCUCUGGUUGUAGCUGAUACAGUAUAUGAUGAUGAUGAUAUAUGCUUUAGAAAACCCGUGUCAUGUCUAACCUCAUGGAUCUAACUAUGAAUUACUAUUAGAGGUUUUAUAGAGUGACUAAAGCAUGAACAUGAACAUUUUUAUUUGUACCAAACAAAUUCUACAGUCUUCAGAAUGUAGUACGCUCGGCAGAAGACAUUUGCA